AUGUAUUUCAAUGACCAGCAGUUGGCGUAUUCAAUAGCAGCUGCUAUGGCGUGUCAGAUGAUGCUAUACAAGAAGUCGAACCUUAGUGUUAGACAUAAAUUUUCUUCGGAGGAAGAUUCAAAACUCAAGAAAUUAGUCGAAAAGUACGGAGAGAAUGACUGGACUACUGUAGCAUCAGAAAUGAAGACAAGAACUGCAAGACAAUGCAGAGAGCGAUUCAAAAAUUACCUUUCUCCAAAAUUAACUAACGGGCCAUGGACCGAAGAAGAAGACAAACUUCUUGAAGAGAAGUUUAACGAGUACGGUCCAAAAUGGGCAAAAAUUGCUGUGUUUUUCCCUUCCAGAUCUGACGUUAACGUCAAAAAUCACUGGACAUCCUUAGCAAAUAAAAUCAGCAGAAGAACUCCACACUAUGAAAAUGAUCAGUCUUCGAAUUCUCCAUCAGAAGUCACUCCAAUGGAGCAAAAUCAUCAAAUCGAACAAAAAGUUAACCAAUAUUCAUCAUAUAAUCCACAAUGCGCACCAAAUAAGAUGGAGAGUUUACCACAAUCACCAAACUAUCCGAUUUCUCCACCUUCUCCAUCAGCCAAUUUCCCGAUUCCGAUUACUACGAAGAAUCAGCCAUAUGAAAUCUCAUGUGAUGGUAACAGUCAGAUUGACUUCAACGAAAUGUGUGAUUUCGAUUUCGAUAAUGAUUUCAUUUCAGAAUUUUAA